UUCUUGUUUUCGCUCCAGAGGGGUGGGCAGAGAUGUAAGUUGUUCUCUGGUGUUUUCCUGUUGUUUUGUUAUUUCGUUCCCUGCCCUUGGUGUAAACUGAUCCCUCCAGAGUCAGGCUUUGUACUGGAAAGGGGGAGGAGAAUACCCCAUUCUCUCCUCUUUCGUUCGGCGUCUCGCUCUCCUCCGUUCUUUUUUUUCUGAAUUUCCUGUUUCAAAUGUUACUCAAAGCGGAUGUGAGCUGCUCUCACAGGUGUGUCUUCAGCUGAGCCACAGUUUGCGACGAAACACACCUGGCUUCAUCAUGUGAUCCGGUACCUGGGCGUGGAGAAAGACUUUGGUGUGUUAUGUGGGAUUUUUUAAGUUGUCCUUGUCGCUUUUCUUAGGAUUGUCCAUCUCCGUUUCCAUGGAAUGGUGCUUUUUUAGCUACUCUCAUUGGCUUUUGGGAGAGUAAGAUGUGAACUUUUUUUAUUAUUGUGUAUCCGGCGUUUAUUUUUUGUUUUUAUUUUCGAGAGAAACGAAAUCUGGACAACUCGAUUGUGCUCCCAAGUGCUUCCAAGAAAUGGCGAGGUGGGCCCAGGCUAGCCUGCUGCUGUUGCUGCUGUGUGCCUCCGCUGGCUGGUGCGAGGGGACCAUACGGGAGUUCAGCACUGACCCCGCCACCAUCAACAAUGUGGUUCAGGACCCCCAGACAGGGAGGGUGUACGUGGGGGCCGUGGAUGUCAUCUACCAGCUCAACUCCUCGCUGCACGAGGAGAGGAGGAGGGCGACGGGCCCCAAGAUGGACAGCCCUCAGUGCACGCCCCCCGACAUCUCCAACUGCAUCGACGCCAAGCUGACGCACAACGUCAACAAGCUGCUGCUGGUGCACGAGGCCAACGCCUCGCUGGUGGUCUGCGGCAGCCUCUUCAAGGGCAUCUGCUCCCUGCUCAACCUCACCAACAUCGAGCAGCUCAUCUACUACAGCGACGGCAAGGGAGAGAAGACCUACGUGGCCAGCGUGGAGGAGACGGUGUCCGUGGUGGGGGUGAUGUCCAACUUCACCAAAGACAACGACGCGCUGAGCGUCUUCCUGGUGGGGAAGGGCUACGGCAGCCACGACAGCACCAAGCUGAUCAGCACGCGCAUCCUGGAGGACUACCGCGACUGGGUGGUGUUCGAGAACAUCGUGGAGGCCUCCACCGUGCAGGCCACCUCCUUCGUAAACAAGUACAUGCACAACUUCCGCCACGCCUUCAAGGCGGAAAGUUUCAUCUACUUCCUCUUCUCACGCACGAGGGGGGCGGCGGACAACUUCACCUUCGUCUCGCGGCUCUGCGAGAAUGACCAGCAGUACUACUCCUACACAGAGCUGCAGCUCAACUGCAGCUCCAGCAACACCUACAACAAGGUGCAGGCGGCCUACGUAGCCACCCCCGGCAAGGAACUGGCUGACAAUAUGACCCAGUCCAGCCAAUACGGGCCCGUGCAGGCCUCAGAUAUGGUGCUGUUUGCCGUGUUCAGCAACGACGAGAACACCAAAUCGGCACUCUGCAUGUACCCUUUGAAAGCCAUCAAUCGGAGACUGAUGGAACUUCUCGUUGCCUGCUACAGCGACAGCGGGAAGAUCAACAACAAAGAUGCCGUCUACCCUCCGUACUCAUCAACACAGGGGUUUUGUUCGACCUCUUCUGCAAAAGAUAUGGCGGAAAAAUUCAAAUGUGGGGCGGACUUCCUGACCUCUCCCCUGGCCAGCACAGAGGCCUUCGCCCUGACUGCCGAGGCUGUGUACGAGAGGAAGGGGCUGCUGACGGCGGUGGCGGUCGCUGUGGAGAACAAUCACGCUGUGGCCUUUCUGGGCACCAGCGCAGGAGACGUGCUCAAGGUGCAUUUGUCGAGUGCUCCCAGCGUCUACAGUCGCAUCGCAUCCAGCAGCAGCACAGUCAACAAAAACCUCUUCUUUGACACAAGCCACACCCACCUAUACAUCACCACUGCGCUAAAGAUCACUAAGGUGCCCGUGCAGGAGUGCCACCUGUUGGAGAGCUGCAGUGCCUGCAUGGAGCCCAGAGACCCGUACUGCGGGUGGUGUGUGCUGGAAGGCAGGUGCACCAGGAAGUCGGACUGCAGGGGAGCUGAGCAGAGGAACCGCUGGCUGUGGAGCCCAGACCAGCAGUGCGUGAAGAUCGAGUCCUUCACCCCACCCAACAUGAGCUGCAGGAAGACACAGGAAGUGAAGAUCAGUGUACCCUCCCUACCGAAUGUGGAGAGGGAGACAGUGCAGUGCCAUUUCAACUCCAUCAAGACCCCAGCAAUAGCCAGUGGAACAACUGUGUCCUGCCCUCUCCCAGACCCGAACCAAAUCCCAGUCACUCCCGAAAAGCAAGAUUUCGUGGCGGUGCCUGUGAAGAUCUUUGUUGGUGAUGUGGAAGUGGCAGCCAGUGAAUAUAAGUUCUAUAACUGCAUCGCAGCCAUACGGAAGGCGGAGAACACACCGUGCGCUUCCUGUGUGACCAGUGAGUGGGGCUGCCAGUGGAACAGUAAAGAUCACAUCUGCAGUGACAGGGAUAAUGCGAUAGGGGGCGCUCACAUUAUCCAACAUCAACAGGAAGCUAACUGUCCACGGUUUGAGAACCCGAAGCCAACACUCAUUCCUGUGGGAUUCAAAACCCCCAUUGAAUUUGAAGGGGUCAAUCUGGAUGUUUAUAAGGAUCAGGAGUUUAAGAUCGGCACUGAGCUGAUGAAGCAGACAGAGGAGAGGGUCACGUCUGAUCAGAGUUCACACUUCAGCUUUGGGGGAUACGAGUUCGCCUAUGACAAAGCCCAGACGGUGGACGUGCUCUUCUACGUGAAGGACAGGAACACGGAGAAAAAGAUCGACAGCACUUUGAACGUGACCCUGUAUAACUGCUCCUUCGGCCGGGAGGACUGCAGCCUGUGCAAGAACGCUCCCUCGCAGUACAGCUGCGUGUGGUGCGCCGCGACCAAAGCCUGCGUCUACAGGACCCUGUGCCCCACGGGGGAUGCGCCAGAGUGCCCCAACCCUCAGAUCACCGAAAUCAUCCCUCAGUUCGGACCGCUGAAUGGCGGCAUUUCUGUCACCAUCAAAGGGUCCAACCUGGGCAUCACAAAAGAGGACAUCAAAAACAUCAGUGUGGCCGGCGUUCCUUGCUUCCACCAGCUGGAGAAGUACUCUGUCUCCACCAGUGUGGUGUGUGAGGUCGGCUCGGUCACCCCCCUCAGCCCACACACGGGGCAGGUGGAGGUGGAGGUGGCGGGAGGAAAGUGGGGAAAGUCCGACGUCCUCUUCACAUUCAGGGACCCUAAGGCUAAGAAAGUCCAGCCUGACAGGGGCCCAGCUGCAGGAGGGACAGUGAUUACGAUAUCAGGGAACGAUCUGGACACAGCCACCAGAGAGGACAUCCACAUCUUCGUGGGGGGAGUGGCCUGCACAGUGGAGACGUUUGGCAGUGAGAUUACCUGUAAAACGGACCCGUACACUGAAGCGGUCCCCUCCGACAAGCUGCCUGUUACAGUGUCGUACGGGAAAAGCACCACCACCCAGGUUCUUACAGCAUUCCAGUUCUGUGUGAACCCCAAACUGGAGAAAUACUACCCCAAGAGCAGCUUCAUAUGUGGGGGGAGGAAGAUCGUGGUGACUGGGACCGGGUUCGACAUCAUCCAGAAGGCCUCCAUGCAGGUUCAGCCCUUGACGGACGAGGGGUCAAAGAUUCCCAACACAAAAGAGUUUGUGAUGGAGGCCCUGAGCAAAAACGACUCGGUGCUGCAGUUCCUCUCCCCCGAGGUGGACAAGAGCUACGAGAACCACUCCUUCAGGACCGUCGUCUUUCUGGACAACGUCCAGGAGGAGCUCCAGGGCUUUGUGUACCACCCAAACCCCAUUUUCGAUAACAUGAGCAAGACGUUCUUCAUGGAGGCCAGCGCCAUCUCCGUUACUGGCCGAGGCUUUGCCAAGGCGAUGACGGCAGAGGAGGCGCAGGCGUUUGUGGGUGAUGUGCCGUGUCAGGUGACCACUCUCCAAGACACCCGUCUUUACCUGGCCCCGCCCUCUGCACAGCCCAAAGCCCGCUCCAAACGGCACAAGAGGAACACCAGCUCUGACCCCCUCGAGCUCAUGAUCAAGUUUGGUAAUGGUGAGUGGGUGGUGGGCUCAGUAGACUACUACAAGAAGGAGGAGUUUCCCCUCUACAUCAUCAUCCCUGCAGUGAUCGUUCCCAUGCUGCUGAUCAUCGCAAUUUCCGUCUACUGCUACAGGAGGAAGAGCCAGCAGGCCGAGAGGGAGUAUGAGAAGGUGAAGCACCAGCUGGAGAACCUGGAGGAGAGUGUUCGCGACCGCUGCAAGAAGGAGUUCACAGAUCUGAUGAUUGAGAUGGAGGACCACACCAGUGACCUCAGCGAGGCUCGCAUCCCCUUCCUCGACUACAAGACCUAUACCGACCGGGUCUUCUUCCUGCCCUCCAAGGACGGCGCCAAUGAUGUGAUGAUCACAGGCAAGGUGGACAUCCCAGAAGCCCGCAGGGCUAUUGUGGCACAGGCCCUCAACCAGUUCUCCAACCUGCUCAACAGCAAGACCUUCCUCAUCAACUUCAUCCGCACCCUGGAGGGACGCCCCGACUUCAAUGCCCGGGCGAGGGGUUAUUUCGCCUCCCUCCUGACGGUGGCGCUGCACGGGAAGCUGGAGUACUACACGGACAUCAUGAGGACCCUGCUGCUGGAGCUGAUGGAGCAGUACGUCCACAGCAAGAACCCCAAACUCAUGCUGCGGAGGUCAGAGACGGUGGUGGAGAGAAUGCUGUGCAACUGGAUGUCCAUCUGUCUCUACCAGUUCCUGAAGGACUCUGCCGGGGAGCCUCUGUACAAACUGUUUAAAGCCAUCAAGCACCAGGUGGAGAAGGGUCCGGUGGACGCGGUGGUGAAGAAGGCCAAGUACACGCUGAACGACACGGGGCUGCUGGGAGACGAUGUGGAGUACUGUGUGCUGACCCUGCAGGUGCUGGUGCACGGGGAAGGUCCGGACGUGACCCCGGUGAAGGUGCUCAACUGCGACACCAUCUCCCAGGUGAAGGAGAAGAUCAUCGAGCAGGUGUACCGGAACCUGCCCUACUCACAGAGGCCCAAGGUGGAAAGUGUCACUCUAGAGUGGCGCCCUGGCUCCACUGGGCAGAUCCUGUCUGAUCUGGACCUAACAUCACAGAAGGAGGGCCGGUGGAAGCGCAUGAAUACUCUGGCGCACUAUAACGUGCGAGACAACGCCACGUUGGUCCUCUCCCGGGUCAUGCACCCACCUCAGUCUUAUGACCAGCACCAGGACAGCCAUGAAGAGAAGAACGCCCUGCUGGAAGACGAUAAGGUGUUCCACCUGGUGCGGCCGGCGGAGGAGCUGGAAGAGAUGAAGUCCAAGAGGGGCAGCAUGAAGGACAAGGCAAUGACAAAAGCCAUCACCGAGAUCUAUCUGACACGGCUGCUCUCCGUCAAGGGCACGCUGCAGCAGUUUGUGGAUGACUUCUUCCGCAGCGUCCUGUGCUCUGGCGCCGUCGUGCCCCCCGCUGUCAAGUACUUCUUUGACUUCCUGGACGAGCAGGCACUGAAACACGACAACGUGGACGAGGAGACCAUCCACAUCUGGAAGACCAACAGCUUGCCUCUGCGGUUCUGGGUGAACAUCCUGAAGAACCCCCACUUCAUCUUCGACGUGCACGUGUCUGAGGUGGUGGACGCCUCCCUGUCGGUCAUCGCUCAGACCUUCAUGGAUGCCUGCACCAAGACGGAGCACAAGCUGAGCCGGGACUCCCCAAGCAACAAACUACUCUAUGCAAAGGAGAUUUCCACGUACAAGAAGAUGGUGGACGACUACUACAAGGGAAUCAAGCAGAUGGUGUCAGUCAGUGACCAGGACAUGAACACACACCUGGCAGAGGUGUCACGGUCGCACACAGACAAGCUCAACACGCAAGUGGCCCUGCACCAGCUGUACCAGUAUGCAAGCAAGUACUACGACGGGAUCAUCGCCUCGCUGGAGGACGACCCCGCGGCACAGAGCAAGCAGCUGACCCUGCGGCUGCAGCAGAUAGCGGCGGCGCUGGAGAACAAAGUGACGGACCUCUAA